ACUACUCUUUAACCCCUCUGAACCAUUCUGCUGCCUUGCUUUCUGUACACCAUUUGCUGUCAACUUUUCCUUUGGUACCAUAUCCAGCCAAGAGGACUCUGUUCUUCUUGAAUCCUUGGUAGUUAUUAUUCCUCGUUGAAGUGACAAAGACUAAAGAAGUAUCAUGGCAUCGACCAAAUCCCCAGAAGAAGAGCAUCCAGUCAAGACCUUUGGAUGGGCUGCUAGAGACUCAUCUGGGGUCCUUUCCCCCUUCAAAUUUUCCAGAAGGGCUACCGGUGAAAAGGAUGUAAGGUUUAAGAUACUCUAUUGCGGCAUCUGCCAUUCAGACCUUCAUAUAGCCAGGAAUGAGUUAGGCUGGACUACUUAUCCUCUUGUUCCAGGGCAUGAGAUGGUAGGUACUGUGACAGAAGUUGGAUGCAAGGUAACGAAAUUUGCAGUUGGAGAUACAGUUGGAGUUGGUUGCCUGGUUGGAUCCUGUGGAUCAUGUGACAACUGUUGCAGUGACCUCGAGAAUUACUGUCCAAAAUUCAUAAUGACAUAUCAAUCUGUAGACAACGAUGGGACGGUUACACGAGGAGGAUAUGCCAAUGAGAUGGUUGCUGAUGAGCACUUUGUUAUUCGUAUUCCAGAAAAUUUGCCACUGGCUGCUGCUGCCCCUUUGCUCUGUGCAGGGAUUACUGUUUACAGCCCGAUGAGAUACUUUGGAUUUGACAAACCUGGAUCACAUAUAGGGAUUGUUGGCCUUGGAGGUCUUGGUCAUGUGGCUGUAAAAUUUGCCAAAGCUUUUGGAGUAAAAGUGACGGUGAUCAGUACCUCCCCUAGUAAGAAGGACGAAGCGAUCAAUCUUCUUGGUGCUGACGAAUUUCUGGUUAGCCGUGAUCCAGAUCAAAUGAAGGCUGCAUCAGGCACAAUGGACCGUAUCCUCGAUACAGUCUCUGCUAAUCAUCCCAUCAUGCCACUAAUUGACCUCCUCAAGACCAAUGGACAACUUGUUUUGGUUGGGUUACCAGACAAGCCCUUUGAGCUAGCCGUCUUUCCUUUAAUUCUUGGAAGAAAAGGUGUAAAUGCAAGCAGCAUUGGAGGGCUUAAGGAGACUCAAGAAAUGAUUGAUUUUGCAGCAAAACACAACAUUUCAGCAGAGAUUGAGCUUGUGCCUAUGGACUAUGUGAACACUGCUUUUGACCGUCUCGCAAAGAAUGAUGUGAAAUACAGAUUUGUGCUUGACAUUGCAAACACAAUGGUUGUGCCCUAGGCCUUUUAGUCCCUACGUAGCAGCAUUACUCUUUCGAAUGUUUUCUAUGUAUUGCUACCUGUUUUGUGCGUCUUCUAGUGCUUUACCGAAUUUGUAUGGAGUUGGAAUGAUGCGAGUGUAGUCUCAACUCUCAUAUGUGAACGAAAGAGAGAUUUUAUUAAGAAUAGAA